UUAGUUGUUGAGAUGGGUUAGUGGGGUUUUUGUGGUUCUUGAUUUGGUGUUGAAUUGAAUUCUAUUCAAUUGUUGUGAAGUACUGAUCUAGCUUUGAAAGUCAAGUUUCUUAAUGUGGAGAUCACUGAUCCAAUUUUGGUUCUUAUUUUAUUGUCAAGUUAUGUUUUGUUGUUGUGAUUUAUCGAUAGGUUCUUGGUGGUACUUGGUUGGGGUUGAAUUGAAUUCUGUUAUGCAGUUGUGAAGUUCCAUAAAUCUGUAAAUCUUUAAAGAUUGGAUCUUUAGUAAUCUGUUCUUGCUUUUGGAGAUUAAUAACUGUUCAUAGAAUUUUAAUUAAAGCUUCAAAAUGAAAACUAUGAAAACAUCUUGUUUAUAAAGGCACUGCAAUUAAAGUCAUUUUUCUUAUCCAAUUUGACAAUGACUUACGUCAAAUCCAAGCCUUUGUAUUCAUAAUUCCCAUGCAUCUUGAUAUACUAUUUGGAAGAACCAGAUCAGGUACUUGGUCAGCAGUUAAUGCAUUUACCUUGUUGUGAUUUGUCUCAAGAGUUGGGUUACUUAUUAACUAAUAUGGUCUGCGUCUUGAAAGCUUGAAGUUUCAACCGUGGAAUGAUUUGAUGGGGGCAUCAAACUCUAAACUAGAGGAAGAUAAAGCCUUGCAGCUUUGUCGUGAACGGAAGAAGUUUGUUAGGCAAGCUCUUGAUGGCCGGUGUAAUCUAGCAGCGACUCAUAUUGCUUAUAUUGAGUCUCUAAAAAUUACAGGAACUGCUUUAAGGAGAUUUGCUGAACCCGAGGCUCCAAUCGAAUCUUCCAUCUACACUUCGACUAGUGCAACACCCGAGCCUCUUGGAUUAACUGAAAAGUCACUUUCCCAAUUUUCAUUCUCUUCUCGAUCUGUCUCACGUAAUGUAGAUGCAACUGAGAAUAUCCUCCCGUCUCCUUCGCCUCCAAGUUCAAGCCGAUACCAUGUGAAUCACAUGAAAUUUAGAGGUACAUUUUCUAGGAAGGUUGAAGAAAAACCUCCUGUUCCAGUUACUGUUUCAGUUACUUCAAGUACACCUCAGAACUCCACGCCUCGUUCCACAGAGAGGCCUGAAGCAUCACCUUUUGAAACCCCUCCUUUCCCUUCUGAAACUUCACCUUUUGAAAUCCCUCCUUCCCCUACUGAAACUUCACCGUGGGACUAUUUCGGUAUUGGCCAUGAUAUUGAUAAUCAUUUGACUUCACGAGAUGGAAGGGUGGAGAAUCGAAAUGAUACUGGACAUCACAGAGAUGAGGAUAGAGUUCCUGCAUCAGAAGAUGAUGAAGAACAUUAUUCUUCACCUGGAAGGGAUGGAUCACAGGUCUCAGAUGAUGAAUUUGACGACGAGCCUUCCACAGAAACACUGGUCCGAAGUUUUCAAAAUGUCAAUCGGACAACCGAUCAUGCUAGCAAUGGUGUUUCACCUGACAUAACAUCUGCGAGAAAUGUAGUGUCAGAAGCCAAGUUUUUAAAUGGGGAGAAAAGCAAGUCACCUGAUUUGUCUCCACUAAGAGCUGCACCAACAGGACCUGCUGAUGAUAAUAAUGGCCUGAAUUCUGAUAAUAAUGGCAUGAAGACACCAGUAAAAGAAAAUGAUAUUGAGAAUAAGAUUGCGCCCAAGGACUUCUUUUCUAGCAUAAAAGAUAUUGAAUAUCUCUUCAUAAAAGCAUCUGAAUCAGGACGAGAAGUUCCACGCAUGCUAGAGGCGAACAAAUUCCAUUUCCGUCCAAUUUUUCCAGGGAGAGAAAGCGGGUCAAUGGCCAAAAUAUUAAUGAAGUCUUGUUUCUCUUGCGGGGACGAUCCAAGCCAGAUUCCUGAAGAGCCUCCUCAAAAUUCUGUGAAGUACCUGACAUGGCAUCGCACCACAUCAUCUCAUGCUUCAUCCCCAACUCGGCUUGGUGUACACUCAGCAGAUGAUAUUGAGGAUGUCACCAACAAUCUCUUUGAUAACUUUUGUAUGGUCUCAGGAAGCCAUGCCUCUACAUUAGAUCGGCUGUUUGCAUGGGAGAAGAAGCUAUAUGACGAAGUCAAGGCUAGUGAGAUGAUCCGAAGUCAUUAUGAUGUUAAGCGUAAGCUUCUCCGACAACUAGAAUCUAAGGAAGAAUCUCUCCAGAGGAUUGACAAGACGCGUGCUAUUGUGAAGGAUCUUCACUCGAGAAUCGGAGUUGCAAUUCAUAGAAUUAAUGACAUAUCCAGGAAAAUUGAGGAAAUAAGAGACAAGGAACUUCAGCCUCAACUGGAGGAGUUGAUUGAGGGAUUGAGGAAGAUGUGGGAAGUUAUGCUCGACUGUCACAAGCGUCAGCUCCAUAUCAUAUCAAUAGCUCAUUCCCCCGGAAAUAUGAAGAUCCUUAUUCAAUCAGAUUUUCGUCGACAGAUAGCCAUGCAUCUUGAACAUGAAUUGAGUUCUCUAGCAUCAAGUUUUAUGAAGUGGAUCAUCUCUCAGAAGGCAUACGUGGAAGCUAUAAAUAAGUGGCUUCACAAGUCCGUCCACCUCCGCGAGAAAUCAUCCAGGAGAAAAAGAAAGCAGCAACCUGUGCCACUCAGAAACCACGGGCCGCCUAUUUAUACCACCUGUUCUGUCUGGUUGGAGAUGCUCGAUUCUUUACCUAGUAAAGAAGUUUCCGAUGCUAUGAAGGAUUUGGCUGCUGAAAUCUCUCACUUCGUACCCCGGCAAGAGAAGCACCACGGGAAGGGCGGAAAUCAUCGUUGGCAGAGUGGGGCGAAUGAUGAUCCAGGUCUCAAGACCCCACUGAGAGAUGAUUCUCCUGAGGAUUGGAUAACCGGUUUUGAUAGUUUUCGUACGAGCUUGGCUUUUUUUCUUGGCCAGUUAAACAACUUCUCAGAGUCUUCUGUGAAAAUGUUUACUAAUCUCCAAAAGGCCAUCCAAGAAGCCAAACAGGGUCAUGCACUCCGCAUGAAUUCCCAGUCGUAAGAUGGUGAGUUUUGACUCUAAUGUUGCUCGGACUCUUCAAAAAUUGUCUCCGCAUGCGCGUCGGAUCCUCCAAAAGUAGAUUUUGGAAGGAAUCGCCACAUAUGCAACAACAUUUGGAGAGUCCGAGCAACAUAGUUCUGGCAAAAAAAAAAAAAAAGUGGCAUAAUGUGAAAUAGCUGCAAGAUACUGAAGAAACAACAGUGAGUAUAGCAAAGGACUAUUUAUUCUGUCAUUUGUACAGGGAGGUAAAAAAAUAGUGCAUAAUUUGUUGGAGCUUCUUAUAUAUUUUUGUUGAUCUUGAAAUAAAGAAAGCUCUAUAUAGUGGCUGUAUAUUCAAUAUUGGGAGGUGAAAAUGGGCAAAUGGGAAAAGGAAGGAGUGUAGAGUAAUCAUAAAGGGAGCUGUUUAUAUGAUAGCAAAAAACAUGUAUCAAACAUGUACAUUACUUUGAGGCUUAAUUUGAUUGAACUCAGUUACAAUUUCA